AUGGGAGAAUGGCAAGAAGGUAAAUGGAGCUGGAAACUUGAAUGGAAUCGGGAGCUGAUGGAGAGAGAACAAGCUCAGAUUCAGGAGCUAACUUCUCUCAUCAACGAGGUUCAUCUGAUCGAAGGAAAAAAGGAUGGCUGGAAUUGGAAACCGACGGCAAACGGUAGGUUCUCAGUUAAAUCGGCAUACAAAACCUUGUGCAUGGCAACAAACAGAAAUUUUCAGAACAACGACAAGCCGGAAUUCGAUUUGAUAUGGAAAGCACCGGCCAUUCACAAAGCUAAAAUCACAGCCUGGAAAGUUUUGAAUGGUCGAAUUGCCACUUGUGAUAACCUCAUUAGGAGACAGAUUCCCAUUCCGAGAGAGGAAACCCUGUGCGGAUUAUGCAAGACGAGUCCGGAAAGCAUCGCUCACAUUUUCUUCUCGUGCUUUAAAGCCGCUGAUAUCUGGUAUGAUCUCGUUCGAUGGCUCGGAAAACAUACAACGCUUCAUUUUGAAGCGAAAGAUCAUCUUUUCGCUUUUGUCAAUCUGGGAAACAAAAAGGAUAAACAGUUUCUCACCGGUGUUUGGAUUUGCACGGUUUGGUGCUUAUGGAAAGGAAGAAAUGAAGGCAAGUUCAAACAAGGAAUUUGGCAGAAAGAUAAGCUGAUCGCUGAGAUUAAGUCGAGGAUUUGGGGUUGGAUGGUGGCGUACAAGAUCCCGGCAAAUGCCCCCGAUUUCAGGACCUGGUUCUCCAAUGCUCAUCUUCAUGGUUAA